AUGCCGCUUCAUACGACUACCGACCCUGCUGCCCUCGCUAGCUUUCAAGAAAGCCAGGACGGUUACGUUAUCUUCUACUCAUCCCGCGAUGCCCAUGGGAAGAUGUGGUGCCCUGACUGUCGGGAUGUUGAAGCACUGGUCGAGCGUACCUUCUCUCCUUCCGAGGGGCCAACAGGGAUGAUCGCCUACGUUGGGCAGCGAGCCGAAUGGAGAAUCGCAUCAAACCCGUUUCGAAAGGCGCCUUGGAACGUGCAGUCAAUACCAACCAUCAUCCGAGUCAGGAGCUCUAAGGAGACCGGGAGGCUUGUGGAGAGCGAGAUCACUGAGGCAACCUUGGCUGAUUUAUUGUAA